AGACAAGUCAUUUCAGCGCUUCCAGUUUGGAACCCAGGGGCAGCACUUUCCCUGGGAGGACGGGCUGGCAGCAAGGAAGUGGAGCCGGAGCGAUCCCGCGGCCUGGGUGAGAGGAACAUGAAGGUCCUACUGAUGCUGGUGGUGCUGCUCGCCUGCAGUGCAUUCACAGCUCGCGGGAAGCACCCGCGCAAGUUCGCACCGGGACUCGAGGGAAGCACCGUAGGAAAUCUGACUGCCCACGGCUGUUACUCGGCAUGGGGCAGCAGCGGCACACCGAAGGCUUCAAUGGACCGGUGCUGCCUGCUCCGUGCCUGCUGCUACGCCAAGCUGGCUGCACGGCGGUGCCGCGUGGGACCGAUCCAGCCCCCCUCGGUGCCCCAGGCAGGAAUCCCCACCUGCAGGUCCGGGACCUGGUGCCAGAGAGGUGCCUGCAGAUGUGAGCGGGCAGCCCAGCUCUGCCGGAUGCGCAGCCGGGGGCUGCUCCGGCGUCGCAGCAAGUGCCGGGGACGAGCUGGGUGGUGUUGAAGCAAAAGGGCUCUUUGCAAAACCACGUCCAGGCUGAUAAGCAGAGGGACGGUGCAGUGCCGGAAGCAUUUCCCAGCCCUGGCAGGUCUCCUCGUCGGGGCUUUUUGGCUUUGACACGAGGACAACAACCCUCUCGUGAAGUUGCGUCAUUAUACACUGGAUCCGAGGAGGAAGAGCAGCACAGAUGCAAUGUUUCAGCACAGAAAAACAAGGGAGGGGUGGACACCUGCGCCUUGUCGCUGUGAAGGGCGAGAUGGAAACCAGCGCGAGCCUCUCUGCUAACACUCAUUUCCCCUUGGCUCGAGCUCCCUGUGCAGCCUGUCAGCUCCCUCUGCUUUUUGCUUCACUGCAGAUUCUCUUCUGUUGCUCCAAAAUAAAACCAGAAAAUGCAAAA